AUGGAGGCAGAAACACAGCCGUUACUGGAAGCGCCGUACGAGUGUCCUAAUUAUGGUGAAGAUUUUGCUCGCCGCGAUGAGCUGCCACGAGCAACCCCUGGGAAAUAUCUCAGCUGGACGACCGCGUACAUUCUCGUCGUCUCGCGAGUCAUCGGCAGCGGGAUAUUCGCCACGCCUGGCUCGAUCGUGAAAUCCUCCGGCAGCAUCGGACUGUCGCUGUUGCUAUGGAUCGCUGGCACGAUCCUCGCAGGCUGUGGGAUGGUCGUGUCGAUGGAAUACGGCUGCAUGCUGCCUCGCUCUGGCGGCGACAAGGUGUACCUCGAAUACACAUACCCCCGACCGCGAUUCCUCGCAUCUACACUGGUCGCCGUGCAAGCGGUCCUGCUCGGCUUCACGGCCAGCAACUGUAUCAUCUUCGCAAAGUACACGUUCUUCGCGUUUGGCGGCGAGCCGACCGAGCUACAGCAUAAGCUGUUCGCCGCGGGAUUGCUGACCCUAAUUACCAUAGUCCAUGGCUGCUUCCGACAAACGGGGAUCUGGAUCCAGAAUGUGCUCGGCUGGCUGAAGAUAUUCCUCAUCGGGUCGAUUUCACUAACGGGGAUAUGGGUGAUUCUGCUGCGUCCGUCUGGGCUCGAGAGCGGUGCUCAGCAAAAGCAGUUAAUGGCGUGGGAUACGCUCUGGGAGGGAUCGAACUGGAGCUGGAAUCUGGUCUCGACGUCGCUGUUCAAGGUGCUUUAUUCCUAUGCUGGAUUGAACAAUGUCAACAAUGUCCUCAGCGAAGUGCGCGAUCCGAUUGAGACGGUCAAGACUGUCUGUCCGGCUGCUUUGGUGACAUCAGGGGUUCUGUAUCUGCUGGCCAAUGCUUCAUACUUUCUUGUCGUCCCCCUGGAUGAAAUAAAACAGAGCGGAGAACUCGUCGCAGCAUUAUUGUUUGAUCGACUCUUUGGUCCGCGAGUGGGAGGGACUCUGUUCCCUCUGGCCAUUGCCAUCUCUGCAGCGGGAAAUGUCAUGGUCGUCACCUUUGCACUGGCCCGAGUCAAUCAAGAGAUCGCCCGACAAGGAUUCCUCCCCUGGGGUGACGUCCUCUCCUCGUCGCGGCCCUUUGGCACGCCUCUCUGGGGCCUGAUCGUGCACUACGUGCCAUCUAUCUUGGUUAUCACUCUUCCUCCACAGGGAGACGUGUACAACUUCAUCCUUGACGUCGAGGGCUACCCCGGGACCAUCUUCGGUCUUGCUGUUACCAUCGGAUUACUGAUUCUGCGGUAUCGAGAGCCCUAUCUCUCACGUCCAUUCAAAGCCUGGUUGCCCGCUGUCUGGUUGAGAAUUGUCAUAUGCGUGGCGCUCUUGGUUGCGCCGUUUAUUCCGCCGCCGAAUUAUCAGGGUGAUGUGGACUUCUUCUAUGCUACGUAUGCUAUUGUAGGGACGGGAGUGAUCGUCUUUGGGAUUCUGUACUGGUAUGUAUGGACGGUGCUGCUGCCGAAAUGGGGACGGUAUAGGCUGGAGGAGGAAGAGAAGGUCUUGGAUGAUGGGACUACAGUUACGAGGUUGGUGCGGACAUAG